AUGACUACUCCCGACGCCAUUGAAGCCAACAAUGACGCCCAGCGAAAGCCCUCACUGGUCCAUGGCAAACGGGCCGCUCAGCAAGAGCAAUCUAUGACCUUAUGGCAGGCGAUUCGUCUUUAUCCCAAGGCUGUCGGGUGGUCAGUUCUAUUAUCCUCGACCCUCAUCAUGGAAGGCUACGACCUAGCCCUACUUAGCUCUAUGUAUGCCUCACCAGCGUUCAACCAGAAGUUUGGGAGGCAAGUCGGCGACGGUAAAUGGACUGUCCCAGCCUCCUGGCAGUCCGCUCUAUCCAACGGAGCCCGAGUUGGUGAGGUAAUUGGCCUUUUAAUCAACGGUCUCGUCUCGGAACGACUGGGCUACCGCUGGACCAUGGUCUCUGCAUUAACCGCCAUGACCGGUGUGAUCUUUCUCUUCUUCUUCGCUGUCAACGUUCAAAUGUUACUCGCAGCCGAGAUUCUCGCUGGUAUUCCCUGGGGUGUGUUCCAGACACUACCCGCAGCGUAUGCGUCGGAGGUCUGUCCCGUGGUGCUACGACCAUACCUGACCACCUUCAUAAAUAUGUGCUGGGUCUUCGGUCAGUUCGUCGCCGUCGGUGUGAACCGUGGCUCAAUCCAAAGAGAAGACCAAUGGGCCUGGCGUAUCCCAUUUGCAGUGCAAUGGGUGUGGCCCGUCCCUAUUCUAAUCGGCUGCCUCUUCGCCCCAGAGUCACCCUGGUGGCAUGUCCGUCGCGGAAAUCUAGCCGGUGCCAAACGUGCCCUGCUCCGACUAACCUCCGGCGACCCAUCCUUCGACCCAGAUGCCACAAUAGCCAUGAUCCAGCAUACAAAUGAGCUCGAGAAGUCUGCAACAGAAGGAACACGAUACAGAGAUUGUUUCAAGGGUGUCAACCUACGGCGAACAGAAGUCGUUUGCGGCGUCUGGUUAGUCCAAACCCUCUGCGGCCAAAACCUUAUGGGCUACUUCGCCUACUUCUGCGUACAAGCCGGCCUCCCCACCGUCCGCUCCUUCGACCUCUCCCUGGUCCAAUACGCCCUCGGCGUCAUAGGUACCCUAGGCUCCUGGUACCUAAUGACAGUAGCAGGCCGUCGAACCCUCCACCUUGCAGGCCUAACCAGUCUCUUCACCCUUCUUAUAAUAACGGGAAGUCUCUCCUUUGCACCAGCCUCCAACAACUCCGCAAAAUGGGCCAUCGGCGUCAUGCUCAUCAUCUUCACAUUCUGCUACGACUUCACCAUUGGGCCCGUAACAUACUGUCUCGUGUCAGAGUUAUCCUCAACAAGACUCAAAGCGAAAACCAUCGUCCUAGCAAGAGCAGGCUACAACAUAAGCAACAUCGUCGUCAACGUGUUGACAAACUAUCAACUCAAUGACACGGCCUGGGGCUGGAGCGCAAGGAGUGCAUAUUUCUGGGCCGGGACCUGUUUAGUCUGUCUGGUCUGGUCUUUCUUUAGAAUGCCUGAGCCUAAGGGCCGGACGUACGAGGAGCUAGACGUGCUUUUUGAGAAGAGGGUUUCUGCACGCAAGUUUGCGGACACGGUCGUGGAUCCUUAUGAGGAUGUGGUUGAGGUUAGGGUUGAUAAUGCUAAGGAGUAG